UCUGUGUCUCUACUAUCGUCAGGCAGCUCCACAGACUGUGCACAGGGACAUUGACAUGACUCUGAAAUAAUGUAAUGAACAAGAAGUGUCAGUGAAUUCAGCCACGGCGCAGUUUAGGAGACACAACUCGGCCUUGAGCACCGCGCUGUUGGAAGUGACCCAUUCAGUUCCAGCUGGAGAAAAACUUUCAUUUGACAAAAGUGUGGAGGAUGAGCUCAGGCAAUGGGACCAGGAGGAAAGUUGGCAAGCCGCAGCAUUUCAGCAACAUGGUGGCACCUGACCCUGAAACACUGACUGAGGUUCAAGGUCUGUUCAGUAAAGUUAGAGUCUACGUGAAACCGUCUAAUGGGGAGUGGUGUAUCCCUGAUCCAAAUAUUGCUCUCAAACACCAAUCAGAGGAGCACUGCCGGCUGCAGGCCCUGAAGGUGUCGCUGAAUGCUGUAAAGAACCAGCUCAGUGACAAGAACGUCCAGGUCUGGCAUCAGCACACCAACUCCACCAAUCGAGCCGGGAAGGUGAUUGCUGCCGUGCGCUCUGCUGCCAACCCGGAGAUCUGCACUCAGGCCUGGUGCAAGUUCUACGAGAUCCUGGGAACCUUUGAUCUUCUUCCAGAUGAGGCUCUUCAAAAUGGAGAGCUGAACACAGUCCACCUGUGUGAAGCUCCAGGGGCCUUUAUAACUGCUCUGAACCACUACAUCAAAACCAGUGACUGCACACGCUACUGUGACUGGAGUUGGGCCGCCAACACUCUCAACCCGUACCACGAGGCUAAUGGGGGCAGCACGACCAUCGCAGAUGAUCGGUUAAUUGCGAACACGCUGCCCUGGUGGUUCUUUGGCUCAGAUAACACAGGCAACAUCAUGAUCCAGAAACACUUGCUAGAGCUGCAGGUGUUUGUUUCCAACAUGCGUAGAGUUGAUAUGGUGACGGCAGAUGGUAGUUUUGACUGCCAGGAGAACCCGGAUGAGCAGGAGGCGCUCGUGGCGUCGCUGCAUUACUGCGAGGUCACAGCUGCAUUGCUGCUCCUGAGCCCCGGUGGCUCCUUUGUGCUGAAAAUGUUCACCUUGUAUGAACACUCCUCCGUCUGCUUACUCUUCCUGCUGAACUGCUGUUUCCACUCUGUCAACGUCUUCAAACCUGCCACCAGCAAGGCAGGCAACUCUGAGGUUUAUGUUGUGUGUCUGAACUAUGAUGGCAAGGAAGCUGUGAGGCCGUUGCUCUCAAAACUCAUUCGUAAUUACGGACCACAUCUGGCUGAUAGAGAGGCACUUUUCCCCAAUGCACUUAUCCCAGAGUCGUUUCUGAAACAGCACGAAGAAGUGUGCUCUUACUUCCACACACAGCAGGUGGAGACGAUCACAGAAAACCUGCGACUGUUUGAAGGCAUGAGCACAGAACGGAGACAGCGGCUUGACCACAUCAGGGACUGUAUGGCUCAUGAAUACCUGCAGAGAUUCCAGGUGAGCUUCCUUCCACGGAGCCGAUGGAUCUCCCGUAACACGGUGAGUCCCGCCUGCUGCAGCGUCUCAGCGGGCCGACCCCUGGGACAGAAGAAGCAAACAGGCUCCUUUAAUGAGCGGAGGGAGCUGCAGACCCUGACCUGGAGGGAGCGCAUCGAGAGGGGUUACCAUGCCAACUGGAUACAGAGACACUGCACUGAGGCUGAAGGGACAGGCUGCAUGCUGGAGGGCCCCCUGUCCGAGUGUCAUGUGGAUUCAUGGUACGUUAUUGUCGGGGCUGCACUGCCUGCACUCAGAAACUCUCCGUUCUGUGAAGGAGGACUAUUAAACCACCUCAAUGAAGCCCUGAUGGAGACGGUAGUAGACUGGAGUUGUGUAACUCCCUGUGAUUCUUGUCAUCUGGUUUGCACAGCCUCCAUUUUGUCCAGUAUUGCAGGUAUUUGCGUCGACAGUGACAGUGAUGGGAACAAAAAGAAUAGCCAAUGUCUGGUGUUUGGCAGCCGCUCAGUGUGGGGUGCCUGUGGGAGCCAAAUUGGGGAUUUAGUCUUAACAUUUUCUGCAGAGCCUUCAUUUCCUCAAAGAGGCUGCAUUGCACUGCACGACGGGGAGCCGCUGUACCAGCAGCAGCUCUUGGGUUGUGUUGUGUUUUCCCUGCAGACCCUGAACUCUGGGGAUGCCCUGCUGCUGCCAGUGUUUUCUGCCCUCACCCGUGUCACAGCCGCAGUUGUGCUCUGUCUGCAUGUGUGUUUUCGCUCUGUCACGUUCAGGUGUCCGCCCCCCUCUGGUGUAGUCGGGACAGUGCUUGUGUGUGUUGGCUUCUGCCCUGAAGCUGCUGCUCGAAUACUCCCUGUUCUUACUGAAGUCCAUAACUGCAUGAGUCAGCUGUUACGAGGAGAGGAGGGUAAAAGUCAGUCCCCUGGCUGGGACAGACAGGUGCUGCAGUUUAUUCCCAUGGAGGAACUGCUCAGUGGUGGACUGACUGAGUUCCUGUGGACCAUGAACUCUGAAAUCAUCCAACAGAAGCUGCAUCUGCUCAUGCAAUCAUAGUGCAGGUUAUUGAGCUGUGACUCUCAUAAACAUGGUAUUGUUUCAGAACCGGUCUCAUUAUCUUACAGUCUGUUUUAUUCUUGUUGACGCAACAGACUGCGGUACUGCAUGCUUGCAUCAGGAAGUGAGACAGAUUUAUCAGGCUUCAUACAGUUCCCUCUGGAAACAACAGACUCUGUAACUUUCACAUAUGCAGUUCUACUCCCCUUUAAGUCCGAUGAUGAUGAUCCCCAGCAGACAUGGUCUUAACUGUGUUUUCAAUGCUUUUUAUUUAUUAAGGACAUUUUUUCCUCCAGUUUGUGUACUGAUGUUUUGGAUACAGUACCAAAGGCUUCAUGGAUUUAAAGGAGCUAUUUUUAAGUUUUGCUUUUGCGACAUAGCCAACUGUUAGCAUUAACAGCUGUUUACUUACCAGUCUUGUCAAGAGCUUCAGCCAUUGUUGCAUUUACAAGACAAUAGUUCGUAAUAUGCCCCCUGACCAGUGACUUGGUAUCGGAAAGUAACGAGACGGGCCAACUGGGCCGGAGCUAGCUGGUUAGCAUGCUAACUAGAAGAAAAGAAGUGAUAUAAAUAGAAUCAAAACAAGAGUUAAUAUUGGCGUUGCUUUCACCAGCUGGAGACAUCUCUUGGCGAGUGAAGGAAUGAAGUUCGAUGCUGAACUUGCAGCGUUUGAAAGUAUUACGUGGUGUGGAAAAAUAGAAUUUAAGCUUGACUAAAACAUCAGCGUAGCAUCGGUAUCAAACUAUAUAUCUGUCAUUGAAUAAGAGUAGUUGAGGUCAUUUAGAAACAGCCUCACCAUGACAUGGUUUGUUUACUUUAGUGCACUGACAAGUUUAUUUUUCAACUUGUAAAAUGUUCUGUUCAGUACAUACCCUAGUCACAUAUACAAAUUCAUCCAAACAGUCAGCAAAAUGGUUAGCCCAUGGAAAAAGCUGAUUGAUAUUUUAGAGUUAAAAAACCCGAUAAUAGUAUGUUGUUAUAGUAAAAGUAUACUAUUGGUUAUUAAAGAAUUGGGCCUAAAAAAAAGUUCACCAGUUAGGUCUCAACUUGAUUUGAGUUCAUCUUAGUUCUUAUUUCAGCUGUGACAAAAUGUUACCGUGCUACAGGCGCAGAAAUCGACGACCUGCAGGCGAGAACAUCACUGUUUGAUGAUAAAAACUGGCAAUGCAUGAAAAUGCUUAUUACUUUCAGCACUAGAUCAGCAGAACUCAUCUGUGACUAAAUUCACUGAGGAUUUUUGGGAGGUUGAAUAAACAACAGUCCAACCCUCAGCACCAAACCUCCUGUCAGUCACAGAUGGUUUGUGUUGAAAUCCGCAUCGCACAGAGCCUGGAGUUUACCCUGAAGUGCCUGUUGUCUUUAACAACACAUUAUUUCAUCCCAGGAUGUUGGGGAGCUUUUUUAUAUUUUACCCAUCAUGCAUCUUGUAGCCAGCUUCCUGUUUGCAAAUCAAUUUCUCAUCGUGUCCAGUGAGAACAUGUUUCUAUUCUGAUGAGAGGACAGUCUGAGGGCACUAAAGUCUUUUAUACUGCAUGGUUUAUACAACUAGGGAGCUGUUGAAAAAGAAAUAUACAAAAUAGCUUCAAUAAAAACAUACUCUAUUUGUUCAUCAGUGUUUUUUAUUUUUGGUUUCUGGUUUUUAUCAGUAUAAUGUUGCUGAUGAUUUUAUUUUCAUACAAAAAUAAUAAAAAUUUGCUUUGACAAAUGA